AUGACCAGUCAAGAACAAAACAAUCAAUCUCUUCAUGUUCCAUCAACUCAUUCAGGUCGCAUACGUUCACAUUCAUUAAAGCCACAGCAUUCAAGAUUAGAUUACGCUCGACGCAAAUCAGCCGCUGAUAUAUCACAAUCGAUGAUAUCAUGUUUAGAAGCGACGCGUGAUAUAGAUGAACUUGAAAAAUCAACAAGAGCAACGUCACCGUCAUGGCUAAAACGACGUUUUACAUUAUUUUCACUUGAAAAAACCAUAUUUGAAAAGCGUCGCAUGACAUCGGAUUGUUUGUAUAACAGUAAUGAUAAAGCUACGGUUAACUUAUUGAAACAAAAACGCCCGAGUGCUAUCGCUCACAUGUUAGAGGCAUUCGUACGACGAUUAUCUUCGCGUAAGAAAAAGCAUCAUCAUGAAGAAGAAGACGAAACAAUAAUUGACCCAGUUUAUGAAACAUUAAGAAUAGCAGCUGAAACGCGCAAAAGAACUAUAGCACACUAUUUGCAACAACGACAACAAUCGCUCAAUCAACAAGCAUCGCUCAAUAGUCAAGGUUCAUUAGAGCCUGAUACUCAACCGGCGUCACCGAGAGCAACACGUCAAAGUGAUAUAAACUCAUCAGUACGAUCAAAACCACCACCGUCAGCGUCAGCAUCGUCAUCAGAUAAUGCACGUAUUUCCAAUUAA